AGGCUCCAGUCGGCGGUGCGCUUUUCUCCCCGCUGCUUUGACCGUCGUGUCUUGGCUGGUGAUUUGCUUACUUGGAGCAGGACUGAGUUUGGAGCGGGUACUGUGAAAUGUGUAAGCAUGAUGUUGCCUUGAUAAUCAGCGAAGGACGUUAGGAGACGCAGAUCCCCAACUGGCUGAAGGCAACUGAAGCAGGCAGGACAGCCACACCUCAUGCGUGGCCUCAGCAAAGGUCCGAGUGGAUACGGGUCUGACAAACAUGGGUGUUCUCCAGCUCCACAACCCCACUCACUCCAGCACGCUCCUGCAGCGGGCCAAUCAGAUGCGUCUGACCGGAACCUUAUGUGAUGUCAUCAUCACAGUGGACGGCCAGGAGUUCCCGGCGCACCGCACUGUCCUGGCCUGCACCAGCAAGAUGUUCGAGAUCCUGUUCCACCGCAGCAGCCUGCGCUACGCCCUCGACUUCCUGUCCCCGAAGACCUUCCAGCAGAUCCUGGAGUACGCCUACACCGCCUCGCUGCAGGCCACCGCUGAAGACCUGGAUGACCUGCUGUACGCUGCCGAGAUCCUGGAGAUCGAGUACCUGGAGGAGCAGUGCCUCAAGGUGCUGGAGACCAUCCAGGCAGAGGAGACCGAGGAGGUGGCUGUGAAGAAUCACACCUCUGGAGACCACAGCGACCAUGGCCGGGCCAGGCACUGGAGGCACAUGCUGAUGUCCAAAAAGCAUUCCAUACAGGACGGACCCACCCGCACCACUCCCACCGCUCUGCAUCACCUGGCGCUGUACCACAUGACGGACAGGAGCUCCCCGGGUCCUGAGUCCGAAGCGGCUCCAGAAUCGAGCCCCAAGCCGGCCACCGAGGUCGACAUGGAGCUGCAGGCUCAGAGUGCAGAGUUGUCCCAGGUUUCUUCCCUGGAUCCUGCCAGAAGUAUAAAAUCAGAGCGCAUGCAGGUGGACGACACCAACGGCUAUGAGGGCAGAUCCUCCAGCACCGGGGAGGGAAGUUGCAUGUCAGACCAGCCCAGAGACGAGGGCCCGGGGACGCCCCUGAGAGGCAGUGUGAUCACCAGCGCCAGGGAGCUGCACACGAGCCCCGAAGAUGGAGGGCAAGUGGUGGCAAACGCUCUGGACUGUUUUCCCGGCAUCGCUGACAAACACCUGGCCUCCAUAUACUCGGUGCCCUCCAACCACACAGCGGAGGGCAUGCCGGUGUCAGUUUCGGUGGCCCCGUCCCUGGGCGUGCCGCUGGACCCGAGGGCCUACAGUGGGUUGCUGCACCAGGGUUUGCUGCACAGGGAGCUCCUGAGCCGGUUGGGCCAGUUUGCAGCAGGGAUGAGGCACGAGGGCCAGACUCAAGGCCAGCAGUGUUGUGGCGAAUGUGGGCUUCAGCUGCACAGCAGGCAGGCGAUAGAGCAGCACAGGAGGCUGCAUAAUGAGGAGAAGGGCAACGGCUGUGAAUACUGUGGCAAACACUUCCAGGACAGCAUGCGACUAAGGAUGCACAUGUUGUCUCACACAGCUCCUGCAGAGGCGCUGGUGUGUGAUCAGUGUGGAGCGACAUUCUCCUCGGAGGAUGCUCUGGAGGCCCACAGGCAAACACACACAGGGACUGACAUGGCGGUGUUCUGUCUGCUGUGUGCAAAGCGCUUCCAGACCCAGAAGGCCCUGCAGCAGCACAUGGAGGUCCACGCAGGCAUGCACAGCUACAUCUGUAGCCAUUGCGAGCGCCCCUUUCCGAGCCACACUACCCUCAAAAGACACUUGCGCUCGCACACGGGCGAUCACCCGUUUGAGUGUGAAUUCUGCGGGAGCUGCUUCAGAGACGACGGCACGCUGAGGGGCCAUAAACGCAUCCACACAGGAGAGAAGCCUUACGAGUGCAACGGCUGCGGGAAGAGGUUCAGCCUGAAACACCAGCUGGAGACGCAUUACCGUGUUCACACAGGUGAGAAGCCAUUUGAGUGUAAGCUGUGUCACCAGCGGUCCAGAGACUACUCGGCUAUGAUCAAGCACCUGCGCACCCACAACGGAGCGUCUCCGUACCAGUGCACCAUCUGCCAGGACUUCUGCCCCAGCCUGGCCGCCAUGCAGAAGCACAUGAAGGGCCACAAGCCAGAGGAGGUGCCGCCGGACUGGAGGAUAGAAAAGACUUACCUGUAUGUCUGUUAUGUCUGAGCAGGACUUGGACCCGUUGCACAGUCUCACACUUGCACACACAUAUACACACGCGCGCACACACACACACACACACACACACAUACACCUUCACUAUUGGAUGAAACGCUGGUAGCUUCAGUGAUGCUGAUUUUUAAUGCUGAAGGAUUACAUGUUUCUGUGAGGGUUUUCACAAAAAAAGCUCUUUUUGGAUAAACUGAAAAGCGCAUUGUGGGAAGUUGUCGUUCUAGGUGAUAGUACAGUUUUUAACCUGACAACAGAGACAUGCGAAUACAAAAUGUGUGUACACAAUAGGGCUGCGACUAAUGAUUAGCUUCAUUACCAGUCAGAUCCUUUUUACUCUGAAAAAUGUCCAACAGUAGGCACAUUUUGGCGACAAGAUGACAUUUUCAAAUAAAUAGUUUUGUUUGACAAACAGUCCAAUCCAAAGAGAUUCAGUUUGCAAUUAUAUAGAACUCAAAUUCUCACUUGGAACGGUGAAUAUUUUGUACUUUCCCCCGAAAAUGACUGAAAGAUCAAUCGAUUGUCAGAAUUGUCGACAGUUUCCUGAUGAUUUACCUAUUUUUUGUCCACAAACACACACUGUUCCUCUCUCCCUCUUCCUCUCAUGCACACACAGUUUUGAUAAACUGUAUCUAAUGGAUCCACUGUGGUUAAAAUCAAUGCCACAAUGGCUGUGACUGCUGACCUGUAUGUGCAGCAGGAGCGUUUUGACUGAUUGCUGAACCAUUGGGCAACUCCAGUCAUCUUCUAUGAUUGUGCAGUAGAUGUUGAAAAUAAUUCCACAAAGGCUUGAUUGGCUGAACUUUGCAACAUUUUCUCUCUUAAUUUCCUGUGACUUCUGCAUUUUUUUCCUGUCUGCCCCCUUUGCUGUUGCUGGAGUUUUAUUUUGGAGUUGUUUAUUUUCUGCAUGUUUUACUUGAAUGGCUGCCACGUUUUGACCUCAUAAGCUUGAUCUCUUUAAUUGCCUUGUCUUUCUUGCAGUGGGUGUUAUUGUUUCGAGGUAGCUGGCUCACAAUUUGAGUUUCUCUCGUAAUAGAUUUUUGCUAUUUAUAUGUUGUUUUAUUUGUUACCAAAUAUGUGCUGGUUUUCAUCACACAGUCUGUGUCUCUCGGGAUGGUUUUCGAGUAGAGCGAGCUCUACCUCUCCUCACUCUUCACUGUUUGUUUUUUUGAAAUCCACUGCAAAUUUAUUCAUCCAUCAGUGGUUUUAUUUUUUCUAACAAAUACAUCACAAAUUUACAUGGUCAAACGGUGUGUUAAAAUAAAAAUAAAAAACGCGACAAAGCCUCGAAACGGCUUUUAUGUGUAGUUUUUUUUUUAUAAUUAACUAUAUAUAGAUGUCUUAUGAAAUCACAGAAUAAGAAUUUUCUAGGAGAAAAUUGAAGAAAACAUGAAAAGAAGUUGUUUUUUUUAUAAAACAUGAAAAGAAAAUUCUGACAUUGAAUUACUAUGAGCAGGCUAUUGUCAGUCGUAGUGUAGCUGUAAUGUACAAACUGUCAUGGUAUGUUAUUCCCUUAUGUGAGCCUAACACGGGCCUUAUAGAUUUAAACAUGUUGUAUUUUUGUAUUACAGUAAUUUGCUAUCUGUUUACAUUUGGUAUGAUUUGAGAAACAUCUUAAUGUGUGUGUUUUAUAAGUCUCUGAUUUGAUUAAGAUCCCUCCCUUGUGCCUCUUUUAUAAGUAGAGCAUUGAUGUGCUUGAGUACAUGGGUCUGUGCUAUUGGUAGUUGUUUCUGGGUGUUUGUUUAUUGUUAAUUAAAGAUAGACUGCCAUGUAGAUUCACCUUGUCUGAACAUUGCAACUGGAAGCAACAUACUGUGAUAGUGGCUGAUACUCUGAUGCAAGUUCCAAGCAAUUGUGAUGUAAAAUAAAAGUACACGCUUGUCUCAAAUUGUUCCCUUCAAAGUGACAAUGGACUGAGAUCUUCGGAUGAAAACUGUGUGUUUUGCAAAUCUUGGCAUCUGCGGGCAUUACCAAUGCCUUCUUAAGUAGCCAACAACACUCAGUGCCAUGAAAACACACAUUCACUGUAUCUAUUCUACAUGAACAUGCACUAUAAAUGGAUUUCCUCGGUGGACCAAAAGAAAUAGAGCACUUUUGUUUGAAAAGGGUUUUUUCUUUGAUCUUUCUAUGUUGUGAUAAUGCAGCUGUCUUUUAUUUGAUGUGUCCUAGAAGGAUGUGAUUAGCAUUGUUUAGAUUAUGUCAAUGUCUGUCUACCUCAGGGCCAGAUCAAAGCUCGACCUGGUAUCCAAUCAGGGUUGUUCUUCUUGCCAUGUGUGCAGUAAAAUCCCUCUUCAUUACAGCUUUGUAACACAGUGUGUGAAAGUGUUUUCUCAGUGUGGAUUCAGGCACAAACUCUGUAUGCGUCAGUGUUCAGUGGCAUGGUUAAAAAAAGAAUAAAACAAUUGACUAUUUUAUGCA